CCAACACCGGCAUUUCCUCCCCCAUCCCUUUUCUUUUCCAUCCAUCACCCAAACCCCCAUCUUUACCAUGAUAUAGAUCAACUCCUCGGACAUACCUUUUCCUAAUUGGCGUCAUUUCGUCCUCGGAGCAGUCUAAUGCGCGCGUCACUCGCUCAACGGUCACCAUGCCCUUCUCGACACGGCUUUUCACGAUCGUAUUCGCCCUCACGUCCUUCUGGAUAAUUUACCGCAUCCACGCCGCCGCCUCGCGCGACCCGACGUCUGUCUUCUUCAACCCGCGCACCGCCUACGCGCCUGCCUACUCCACGAUCCGCACACACCAAGCCGAGGACUUGAUCGCAUCGGCCAACGCGUCGGAAUACAGCGCGCCGAAAGCGCACUCCGGGACAAGGAAGCUCUGCGUCGGCAUACCAUCGAUAGCGCGCAAGGGGGCUAGGUAUUUGCGCGAUUCGGUGGGCUCGUUGCUGGACGGAUUGACGGAGCAGGAACGGGCAGACAUCUUUUUCACCGUGUUUAUCCCGCAUAGCGAUCCGACGGUGCAUCCGGCGUAUGGUGAGGCUUGGCUGCCUGUGCUGACGGAUAGCGUGCUUACGUACGAUGUGCCGGCGGAGGAGAUGGGGCAUAUUAAGGCGAUGGAGGAAGAAGGUGGAUUGUUCCGCGAGAAGGGAUUGUACGAUUAUCGGUACUUGCUGAAGUAUUGCACCACGCAGCAGACGCCGUACAUUGCAAUAUUUGAAGACGAUAUUGUGGCCAUGGAUGGAUGGUACCACCGCACACUUGCUGCGAUCGAGGAGGCUGAGAAACUGUCUGCGAUCCGACACGCAUCGACCGAGUUCCUCUACCUGCGACUUUUCUACACUGAGGAAUUCCUGGGCUGGAACUCCGAAGACUGGCAAACAUAUCUCAUGUGUAGUCUCUUCUUCUUCUCCCUCCCCAUGGGCCUUCUAUACUAUUUCCGCGAGCGCAACCCCACCGUAAACCGGUUCGUCACCAACCGCAUCCUGGCCUCCGUCGGCCUCCUAAUAACAAUCCUCAUCGCCCUCUUCUUCGCCCUCGGCCGCGUAACCGUCCUUCCCCUCUCCCCUGGCAUCUCCCUAAUGCCGCAAUACGGCUGCUGCAGCCAAGCCUUCGUCUUCCCGCGCUCAAAGGCCCUCGAACUCGCCACCUACUUCCGAGACCGUCGUCUCGGUUUCCCCGAUGUCCUAAUCGAAGACUAUGCGAACGAAAGAGGGGAGCUCAGGUGGGCGAUGACACCCAGCGUUGUUCAGCAUGUGGGGAGGAAGAGCAGUAAGGUGGAUGAUUUCGGGCCGGCGAGUAAGCAUGGGAUGAGUGUCGCGGAGAAGAUAUGGAGUUUCAACUUCGAGAAUAUGGAUGCUGAGGUGCUGAGGAAGGAGCAUCAGGGGGUUGCACAGCGAGGGGGGAAUACAUAGGGAAGAUGGAGAAGAGGAAAGGUGCUAAUGAUAAGAUGACUGGAGUGCAAAAAGGAUGCUUGACAUGU